CUGCAGGGCACAUCAUCAUCAUCAUCAUCAUCAUCAUUGAAGUGCUCAAGAAUUCUACAGAAGGUCUGGAUUACUGGAAACACACUCCUAUUCUAAGGUGGAUCUUUUAUCAGGGCAUAUCAACAUAGUGGACUUUAUACGUACUUCAGCACCAUGCUGUACUUCCAGGUGGUGAUUUUGGUUGCUACAGUGAUGCUGGUUUAUUACUGCGAGUUCACUGACACUUUCAGUCCAGCAGAGAAGGGCUUCGUCUGCAGAGACCCAGCUUUAACCAAACCAGAUCCUGGACCUGAACAAGAUAGCCGCAUCCAGCCUGUGAUACUGUACUCUGUGGUGGGUGGGCUUCCUGUUGUACUGAUUUCAGGCGUAGAGGUUGUUAUCUUUCUACUUCACUACAAUUCAGAGAAGUUCUACGACCUGGACAAGAUUAUGAUUAUGGGAGAUUGUUGCUAUGUGAACCCUAUGGUGCGGAGGAUCUUUCGUUUUCUUGGUGUGUACGUCUUUGGCCUGUUUGCCACAGACAUCUUUGUCAAUGCAGGUCAGCUGAUCACUGGAAGUUUGGCUCCCUACUUCCUGUCUGUCUGUCAGCCUAACUACACUGCCCUCAGCUGCCAGGAUGCCACACGCUUCGUCAGCCAAUCAGACGCGUGCACCGGUGACCCUGAUGACAUCAUGAGAGCCAGAAAGACGUUUCCCUGCAAAGAGGCUGCACUGAGUCUGUACACAGCUGUUUAUCUGGCAGUGAGUGGCUCGUGGUCUAAAAAAUUAGACUCAUCGUUCUCCUACAUUGACCUGGUUACACGCACUGUUUUGCAGAUGUACACCAUGACCUGCAUUGGCUCCACUGGCGGACGACUGACAGGCCCCCUCCUCAGUUUCUCAUUGGUGGGUGUGGCUGUGUUAACAGGCAUCAACAGAGUGGCGGAGUACCGGAACCACUGGAGUGAUGUAAUAGCUGGACAAACCAUUGGUGGCGCUAACGCUGUCUUCCUGGUUGUGUUUGUGGUUCAGUAUUUUAGAAAGAGACCAGCAUUCCCUCGGAGUCCCACUGGCACAGACACUGACGAGGCUUCACUGGAAAUGAAUCACACCGUAGAAACCAACAAAUACGUUAUCACUCAGAGCCCAGAAUCCUACACAGAGGUCACAUGACUAUGAGCCUCAGAACAACUUUAUCACUAAUUCACCUAUUACACAUACAUAGAAUAAUACCAAAACUGAGAGUCUGUAGAUGAUGGUGUCAUUUUGACUGUAUAUAUCUGUAUAAAAGUCCAGAAAAUCUUUUUUUUAACGAUGGUUAAACAAACUAUGCUUCAAACCCUGAAGCUGAUAUUUAAAGACUUUUUGUGUAAAUGUCAUGUAAAAAGGUACAACAAAGUAAGAUAUGUAACGAAGGCAUUGUAAUUGGCCGUAAUUGUUUGAUGAAAGGACUUUUUUGUACUUUUUAUUUGGAAACUUUUAGUUUUAGUUUUAAGCUUUUGAUACCAUCGUACAAAUAAAUGACACACUCUGUCUUUGUGUGGUAGUAAAAAAACAUUGAACCUUUUUCGUUUUUUGGUCAUUUUUAACAAGUAAUUAUAAAUUGUAAUAUAAAAAGACACAUCUCAUACGUCGUAACACGUGUGAGAAACAUGUUUUUUGAUAAAUACACUGUCAGACAAAACACUGCCAU